AUCAAGAGAGCACCAGUUAGUCGGGUCGGAGGCUCUGAAUGUGUCGGAGUGUCCAUGUUGCUGUUGCCAGUGCAAGUUUCCCUCCGUCCUAUUCCAGACAGCAGCAUCCGUCCUGCAAUUGCGGCAGCCGAGCCCUGCAGUACACCUCGUUUCUGGUGCUCCUCCUCAAGAGAACUUUUGAUGGUACAGAUCUUGGAGUGAAUUUAGCCUGAUCUACAUUGUGAUAGUGGAAUUAUUCUGGAUUACUAAAGACUAUCCAGGAACUUUGAAGAAUAUACAAUAAGCAGAAAAUGAAACAAACGCUCUUUGAAUUUUGUUUCGUAGUACUGCCCCUGUGCACUAGAGUAUAGAUAAAUUUAUAUAUAUAAAUAUAUUAUCAAGGUGAUUUAAUGUUGAAAUUCACUAAAUAGUAGUUAGUUUUGUGCAACGAUCUACCUGACAAGUGUCAUCAAGAAAUCGGUGUUGUUAAUCCUAUUUUGGAUGUGCUGCAGUUUGGCAGACGUUUAAGAAUGAAUGUAAUCUGCUAGUGAAAUGACUUUGUUCGAGUAGAAUAAUUAGAAAGGAACCAUUAACAUUUCACGGAAACAUUAAGCUGUGAGAUUUCAUGACCUCUUGAGAUUCAAGAUGUAAGAAAGGUGGAAGUCCUGAUCUUUCAGUUUGAAAAUGCAUAAGAGAAAUUUUGUUGCUUACGAGCAUGAAGAUGAUCAACUGAAUCCAAAUUUUAGCAACUCGAUCACUUUGAACUUCCUGCUCACCAACUACUAAAACUGUGACCCUCAAGCUGCUUUUUUAAUGAAAAAUCUACAAGAUAAUAUAUAGACUAAGGAUACUUGUACAAUUCAUGCUAUUACUGUCUGGGAGAAAGCAGUAAUGUUGUACAAAGAAUCCUAAUUCCCUUGGCACUGUUGCACUCUCCCUGGCAUCUAUCAAGUGUUGCAUUCGCCUACCAAUGCCUUCCACAACCAGCAGUCAGCCGACGUCUUCAACAAUACUACCUAAGGCAGCGAACGGCCGCCCCCAAUCCGCCUGAUGUUGGUGCCGAGGGCUGCCCCAGUCUGCGCCAUGCCUGCUGCCUCGCCCUCACGCCCAGGCCCCCACAUUCCAAGACCUUUCACGCCUGCUCCUGGUUAUGCCCAGUACCAAAUGGCCGCAGCGCACGUUUCUCAGAUACCCGCCGGGUAUCACAUUCGGCCCCCUGGCCCGGGCCCCAGGUACCUUGGAGUACCACCUAAAAACCACUUGGCAGCUGCUCUCACUCAGCCUUCCCCUCCUGCUUUCCCGAAAUCGCGAUCCCCGAGACCAUCUCUGGUUCACUAUGAAGCGUCGGGGCCUCCCGCGAGAUCAAUGCCAUCAAGUUUCAGACCUGUGGGAAUCCACGGAUCUUUGAGUUCACCGAAGCAGGCGUCGGUGUGCCCGGAAGCAAGAAGUUCUUAUCCUGCCCCAGAUCUACCUGACAGUCAUCCGAUGCCAUGGUCAUCGGAUGCCCCGUUACCAGCGUCUGACAUGCCCUUUGAUCUCUCUACACAUAACCGUGAACCGUGUAUGUCGCCAGCCUCUAGACCCUUAGACCUUUCAGAGUCAGAUCAGCCAUUAGACCUUAGUGUGAAGAAACGCCAACCGGAAGAAGACGAAAAUAUGAAUAUCGUCGUGCGAAGGACGCCUCCCCCUGUCUCGAGAAGAAUUCCCUCUCCAAAAUACGUCUCCCCCUUACACGAUUAUCGACCUCCUCGAACGCAGGAAAUCCCUUCUUCUUCCGUCGAAAACGAACACACUGCAAAGAGCGUCAGUGCCCAAAUGGUGCAUGUUACUAGUCCGAUGACCACCAGAAACCCUCCCUCGAUCGCGUAUCCUCAGCCGCUCCACCAAGGGGUCCAUCAACCUGUCCCUGUAUACUCUAGUGAUUGUCGACCACUACCUCCAGCUUCGUCAGUUAGGGCACCGUUCCCUGUUAUGGGAGUUCCCCAUUCACCAUAUCAUUUGGGACCUCCCGUAACUUCCCCUCAGAUGGUCGCUGGGUAUAGAGGACCACCACCGGGCUCACAAGGUCAUCCAGCGUUAUACCAGGUCGGUGAUCGUAUGCAAAAGGGCCUACCACCGCCACCGCCUGACGCCUCUGCACUGCCAGGAAUGUCUACAAUCAAACCGAGGGAGAGAUACGCUUGCAAGUUUUGUGGGAAAGUUUUCCCCAGAUCCGCGAAUCUUACGCGACAUCUAAGAACCCAUACCGGUGAACAGCCAUACAAGUGUAAGUUCUGUGAGAGAUCCUUCAGUAUAUCGUCGAACCUGCAGCGACACGUCCGUAAUAUCCAUAACAAAGAGAAGCCUUACAAGUGCCGCCUUUGCGACCGAGCGUUUGGCCAGCAAACGAAUCUCGAUCGUCAUAUGAAGAAGCACGAUUCUGAUGGUCCAACUAUCCUGGACGGGAGCCCUAAAAGGUAUUCCUCUCGCCCAAAGGAAGAGGACUUGCAGAUGCAGUCACCUGGUAAGGAGCUGUCAGAUAAAAGCAGAGAAGAUAUGCAGGCAAUAGACGAUGAAGACGAUGAAGACGAGUACAUUGACGUCGAAGAGGAUGAUGAAGAAGAGGAAGAAGAAGAACUGGGAGAAAAAGAGAGUGAGAAAAUAUCGUGUGCUGUAACUAUCAAAUCUUCGCCGAGUAUAUGUCCGAUGGACAUAGAUGCGUCUGAAAACAAUAUGACUCAGCCCGUAGCUGUUAUAUCUACGUGAGGCAAGAGUUCAGAGUGAUAUCAAAAGUCAGAACAUGAGUCAUCAGGUUUACUAUGGAAAAUUACAAAUAAAAACAUUGAUCAUUAAAUUGAAACUAAAGAGGAAGCACCCAAAGAAAAAAUAUGAGAAUUAUUGAAUUUUUGUAAGAAGUGCUCAAAAUCAAGAAUAUCUGACAUUUCUCAGUUAACGAACAGAUCAAAUAGUUGCGUAAUGAUUCUCCAGUUAGGUAAUCUGUGUAUAAUAGAACGACCUACUGGCUGUCUGAUGAACUCUUUGGUAGUAAUGGCAUAAAGCAGAUGAGUGAUAAUCAUAUGUAAUAAUAUACCGUGAAGGAAGCAUUCUGACUUUGAACAUUCUUUAAAUCUUGAAUAACCUCUGUGUACAAACUACUCUUUCUUCCAAGCAUUGGUAGAAGCAAUAAAAGCCUUUAUCGACGCCGUCUGAAUUAUAUAAUGUUCCUUGCGAAAAAUGAAAAAUAUAUAUUAUUUUAUCAGAUAUAUUUACUUACGUAGAUUAUGCAAAGAUACUUAUAUUAUGAAAUCUACACUUGUGUAAUUGUUUUUAAGUAGCCCAACGUAGUACAAUUAGCCUAAGUGCAUCGCCGUAGUCAUGAGAAACGACUCAGUGUCACGCUUAUUCUGUCUUUCCUCAUCUGCCUCUUCUCUUCUCUUCUCUUCUCUUCUCGUUGGAUUUCCUUCCCUUGGAAAAUGUUGGUUCCAUUUAUUUCUUCAAAAAAUCACUUUACCUAAAAUUAAGUUUUAUAUAUUUGGUUGUAAAGCCAAGCUUAUAUGAAAAAUACGACUCCUAUUCGCAUUGAAAUUAUUGUUGAUGAACUGGACGAAAGUGUCUGCAUUUAGAGUAAUACAAUGUAUCAGAUACGAAGAAUCUGGACAGAAUUUAAGUAUACUUUUAUUUAUCAUGUAUGUAUAGGUUCUGUCCCUAAACAUAUGUUACUGGUAAAAUAUUUAAUAUUGAGCCACUGAGAAAACAUUGCAAAAUAUGGCGUGGAAAUAUAUUUAUAUUCAAAUAUUUUGUUCUUCAUUUUUUAUGAAUAUGAGAGUGAAAGAAUUUUACCUCUAAGGUCAAUAUAAGGCAGAGUGUAAAACAGCAAUUUGCCUGUGUGUAUAAUAAGGAAGCAUGUACGUAUACUACAUUGGUUCACAAAUAUCUUCAAUAUUGGCAGUUUUGCCUUGAAAGCAUUUGGUUUUUGUGUAGGUGAUGAUCGAUUUCUGUCCCUCAGGUGUCCCUGGAGUCAUAAGUUUAAACCUUAAUUAAGCUGCAUUCCCUUUUGACUCGUACAGCAGGUCUAUUUGCGAGGAGUUGAUGAUACGUGCUUUUGUUGUCGCUCUUUCUCUUUGUCGUUAGUUACCAUUUUACUACUCGCAGACAAUAUUAUUAUAUGUUACGCAGAAAAGUCAUUCGUAUUUUAUGGUUUAGUGGCAUCGAAUUUUCUUCAGGGUUGAUUUGUGACUUACUUUCAUCUUAACCAUUGUUGUGUUUCUUUUCUGGAGGACAUUUGGGCCCAUGUUCUUUUUGUUUUCUCUUCUAUACGUUCAUGUGAAGUACAUACAUGUACAAAAACAUAUUUGUGUGUAUAUAUACAAGUAUAUAUAUGCAAGUGCAGGUUUGUCCAUCCUGUGUGUGCAUAUAUGUGCUUGUAUUCGUACACCGGUGUGAGUCAUGUAAGUAUGUCUGUACGAAUGCGUUUGCAUGUGUGCGUGCUGGUCUAUCUCUCUAUUUACUUCCAGACAAAUGUAAGUUACACAUACAGAGCAAUGAAUGUCAAGUGAGUCACAAAGUCCAUACUUGAAGAAGGUUGUGAGUGCAGUGUCAUAUAUAGUUUUAGUAUUACGUCCUAUUUCCAAAAGAAAAAUAUAUUGAUUACUAGUCACGGGCGAUCACAUGGUGCUAUGAGGAGAUUUAAAUUUUAUUAUAUAAAGACCCUUUAUGAAAAUAUUCUUAACAUAACAAUAGGAGAAAAAGUUUGUUAGUUUUGGAAAUAAAUAUGAGAAAUAUAA